UGAAUGGCUGCGAUCUAAGUGUUGCAACAGCAACACUCUCAAAUGACAAAGAGUUGUGCACCACUGAAUAAACCGUCGGAUAAAAAUGGGUUCCCUUUCCUUUCCUUUCCCUCCAGAAAAUCUCUGCGCGAAAAUCGUUAACCAGACCAUGAGAAAUGUUCUUCUGGAAACGUGUAACUACAACGGAUUCCAUCUCAGUUUAUUGAAACAGCACGUCCAUUCACUUGGCAACCCAGCAACAUUGUCAGAAACUGGAAAUCUCAAACAUAUCAGGCCAAAUCAGUUAGGCUACUCACAGUGUAUGAACAUCUUGCGACGCUGCGCUGAAAUGAAAGACUUCAAACGAGGUCCUUUGGUCCAUAGCUACAUGAUAAGGAAUGGAUUCGAUUCAAAUGUGAACAUAAGCACCAAAUUGGUCAUAUUUUAUGGGAAACGGGGUGAUACUGUCAGUGCUCGCAAGGUUUUUGACAGAAUGCCUGCAAGAAGCGUGGUGUCAUGGACAGCUCAAAUUUCUGGAUAUACGCAAAAUGGGUAUUACCAAGACGCAUUGUUAAUGUUUUUAGAAAUGGGUCGAGCGGGAGUUAGAGCAAAUCAUUUCACUUAUGGGAGCGUUUUGAGGGCUUGUACUGGUUUGAGGUGUUUGUAUAGAGGGAUGCAAAUACAAGGGUGCAUCCAGAAGAGUAGGUUUCUUGAUAACUUGUUUGUGCAAAGUGCAUUGAUUGAUCUGCACUCCAAGUGCGGAAACAUGGAGCAUGCUUGCUAUUUAUUUGGAACGAUGUCUGAGAGGGAUGUGGUUUCCUGGAAUGCAAUGAUUGGUGGUUAUGCUGUACAGGGUUUUGCAGAUGAUUCAUUUCGGAUGUUUCAUUCAAUGAUGGGAGAAGGUAUAAUCCCUGAUUGUUUCACAUUGGGGAGUGUUUUAAAGGCGUCCAGUAGGGCUAAUGACCUCAUCAAAGUCUGCCAAAUUCAUGGAAUUAUCAUCCAACUAGGGCUUGGAUCCCAUAUUGAUUUGAAUGGGUCAUUAAUUGAUGCAUAUUCAAAAUGUGAAAGCAUAGAAAGUGCUCAUGAUUUAUACGAGAACAUGCUAAAGAAAGAUGUAAAAUCUUUUACUGCCCUUAUGACUGGAUAUGCACACAACAGUAACUAUAGUGGAGAGGCCCUGGAUAUCUUCAAGGAAAUACAGCAGAUACACAUGGAGAUAGAUGAUGUUACGUUCUGUGCUAUGCUUAAUAUAUGUGCCAACGCAGCAUGCCUGAGCAUGGGAAGACAAAUUCAUGCCCUUGCUUUAAAAUAUAAACAGAGUUAUGAUGUGGCCAUGGGCAAUGCUCUGAUUGAUAUGUAUGCAAAAUCUGGAGAAAUUGAGGAUGCUGCACGUGCUUUUUAUGAGAUGGAGGAGAAAAAUGUGAUUUCAUGGACUUCAUUGAUUACUGGCUAUGGGAAGCAUGGAUAUGGACACAAAGCAAUUGCUCUGUACAAGAAGAUGGAAUUUGAAGGUUUGAAGCCAAAUGAUAUCACAUUCUUGUCUCUUCUCUUUGCUUGCAGUCAUUCAGGAUUGACUGGUGACGGAUGGGAAUGCUACCAUAAUAUGAUUAACAAAUAUGAUAUCCUGCCACGAGAUGAGCAUUUUUCUUGCCUGAUUGAUCUUUUGGCGCGUGGAGGGCAGUUGGAAGCAGCUUAUAAUAUGAUAUGCAAGAUGAAUAUUAAGCCUAGCACGUCAUUAUGGGGUACCAUUCUAGGGGCAUGCAGCAUUUAUGGUAAUAUGUCUCUUGGAGAAGCAGCAGCCACACACCUUUUCAAUAUGGAUCCAGAAAAUUCAGCAAACUAUGUUGCUUUAACAGGCAUAUAUGCUGCAGCUGGUGCAUGGAAUGAUGCUUGGAAUAUGAGAAACUUAAUGGAAGAGAGGAGUUUGAAAAAGAAUCCUGGAUACAGCUAUAUACAUUCUACAAAGAAGAACAUUGGAAUUUUACUGCCAAGUUGAGAAGAUGAUGCUAGUAGCUGUGUUAUUUUCUUCCCCUCUUUUGAGAGAGCGGAAGUUUGGUGUCAGAUGCCCUUGUCUUGAGUUGAUUCUAAAAAUGUUGGGAAAAAAGUUCUUGUAUCGAGUAGGUCAACUAGUGUUAAUGCUUCUGGCCAUCUCAACAUUCAGGUGCAUUCCUUCUAUUGACUUUGUGCUGCUAUGUUUGCAUAUAUCAUGUCCAGGAUGAGUCAGUGACUGUUCCCCAGUGACUUUCACAGGUACUUCCAUUUGCUUCCAGUGGAGCAGCAUGCCUAAACAGAAACUAUUUAUGCUGCAUGUUUGCAACUAAUCGAUGAAAUUGUGGACUGCAAUUUGAGUUGUGGAACUUAAAAUGAAUAAAAGAGUAGCAUUGUUGUGCAUAUAUCUAAUUUGGAUCUGUCCCACCUACACGGUAGCCUGGUUCGACAAUGCAAAGAUUUCUUAUAAAGAGACUGGGUGCAAAAGACAUUUGCUUUUCAAAACAGGAUGGGGAGCUGGAGCUCAAUUUACUAGGUAUGAGAAGAAGUGAAAGAUCUGAUCACAACUGAAGAUUUGGGGAAAAUACACUCAAUACUAUUGCUGAAGAUGAUGUGAAGUUUAAGACAGCCACCUGCUAAAAUUGAAUGCUUGGAUAUAGUUAUGUGGAGAAGAAUCAAAUUUGCAUCGCCUUUUUGCAGCUUGUUCUGAGUUUGCUGAAUUCCAGUGAGAGUUGCAGUUUUUAUCUCUUGAAUUGUAAAUUGAUUAACGUUCAACUCUCUUUUUUCAUUAUUGGACUAGGGAGCCAUGUUCUUGCAAUUAAGCAUUGCGUGUGGUCAUGCUGUGCUGUAGUACGAUUGUUGAUAGGUACUUAAUCAUGAGUAAUUUUAAUUGCAAAUAAUUUAUUUGAAA